AUGUGGGCCUUCCUUGGCCUCUUUACAGCAUACCGCCACGACGUUUUGACCAAAGCUGGCAGCGCGAACGAGGAUAACGAGUGGACGUUCGGUCAGGUCCUCUCACUGACCACAUGGAUACCAAUCGGCAUUGAACUGUUGGCCGUGUAUAUAUAUGACUCGAACAAGUCUUUCCAGAUCAUUUCCAACCAGUCUCUGGGGAUGGAGAGGACUAACACCGAAGGAAUUAAGAAUGGCAUGGCUUACGAGAAGACGUCAGAGGAAGAAGCGAUUCCACUAAAAGGAAUAUAA